UAUAUAUAUAGAGGGAGGGAGAGAAAGAAAGAAAGCUUUCAUCAUCAUCGUCAUCAUCGUGUUGAAAAUGGAGGGAGAGAAUAUGGAGAGAGGGCUGUUGGCGGAAUGUAACAGAGGACGAGAAGCAGACACGAAACCAAACAGCACCGCUUCUCCUCUCGUUGUCUUCAGCACCUUCAUCACUGUCUGUGGCUCUCUCACCUUCGGCAUCGCCUUAGGCUAUACGGCAGAUACUAUGUCUUCUAUUAUGGAAGAUUUGGAUGUUUCACUGGCACAAUACUCGUUCUUUGGUUCGCUGCUCACCUUCGGAGGAAUGAUUGGUGCAAUCUUUAGCGCCAAGAUUGCAGCAAUCUUUGGCCGUAAAGUAACGUUGUGGCUUGCUGAGAUAUUCUGCAUCAUUGGUUGGCUUGCUAUUGCACUUGCUAAGAUUCAUUAUGUUCUUGGGAAUUUCUUCCAUUGGCGAACACUUGCCAUACUUGGUGUUAUUCCGUGUAUAAUGCAAGUUAUCGGUUUGUUUUUCAUUCCGGAAUCUCCAAGAUGGCUGGCAAAAGAAGGUAAAGAAAAAGAAUUCGAGAUUGUUCUUCAGAGAUUGAGAGGAAAAAAGACAGAUAUUUCUCAAGAAGCUCGUGAAAUCAGGCAUUCCGUUGAGGUUUCAAAGCAGAAUUCGAACAUCGGCUUAAGGAAUCUUUUCAGAAAACGAUAUGCUCGUCAACUAACAGUUGGGAUAGGAUUGAUGCUUCUCCAACAAUUGUCGGGAAGCGCUGGCGUUAUGUAUUACGCGAAAAGCAUAUUCGAAUUCGCUGGAUUUCCGUCUCAGAUUGGGAUGACAUCGCUGUCUCUCAUCAUGGUACCAAAAGCCUUGCUGGGUCUGAUACUCGUGGAUCGAUGGGGAAGACGGCCACUCCUUAUGGCAUCGGCAAUUGGAAUGUGUUCAAGCUGCAUUGUCCUGAGUGUCGCCUUUGGGGUUCAGAGUUCUCCUCGGUUCGAAAACCUUACUCCAGUUCUCGCUUUUGUCGGCACGGUGAUAUACAAUACGACGUUUGCGGUGGGCUUGGGGGCACUGCCGUGGAUUAUAAUGUCUGAGAUAUUUCCAAUUAAUAUGAAGGUGUUAGCUGGGAGCAUAGUGACCAUGGCUAAUUGGUCCACUAGUUGGGUCAUAACCUAUUGUUUCAAUUUCAUGCUUCAAUGGAGCCACACAGGGACGUUUACAAUAUUCGCCGUUGUAUGCGGAAUGACGAUCGUCUUCACGUGGUGUCUGGUCCCCGAAACCAAAGGGCUAACGUUAGAAGAGAUUCAAGUCUCCUUUGCCAAUGCUCUGCGGUGAAUAUAUCAUUAUAUAUAUAUAAACACACAUAUACAUAUAUACAUGCAUGUGUUAAAAUAUAUAUAUGCACAUGCAUAAUGUAUGUGUCUGUCGUGUCGGAGCAGAUACGGGUUAAUCAUAAUGCAAAUGAGCAGUUAUAUAUAUAUAUAUAUGUGUGAUGAUUUAUUCAUUUCAGCUAAUGUAGUCACGGGCAUGAUGAUUAAUGCA